AUGAAUGGGGCUGUGGCCCCAUUAAAAGAAAUUGUGCAUUUAGCAAAGAAAUACAGAGCUUUUACCUAUCUUGAUGAAGUUCAUGGUGUUGGCUUGUAUGGUGAAAAAGGAGCCGGUCAGGCUGAAAAGCAAGGACUCAGUGAUCAGAUUGAUAUUAUACAAGGAACCCUUGGCAAAGCUGUUGGGCUCAUGGGGGGGUACAUUGCAGGACGUAAGCAAGUUAUUGAUUAUAUUCGCUCUUUUGCGCCAGGGUUUAUCUUUACAACCUCUUUGCCACCAGCUGUUGCAGCAGGAGCUAGUGAGAGCUUGGAGAUUAUUCAAAAAGGGGAGCAUUUGCGCCAAAAACAAAGGGAGAAUGUUUUAGCGCUCAAAACGAGUCUAUCGCAGGCGGAUAUCCCCUACUGA